AGUCUGACAUUUUGUGUAGUAUUCUAUAUCCAGAAUACCUGUUUUUUCUGACAAUAACUUCUAAUAGAAAUUUGGUCAAAAGUCAUUCGAAAUAAGCGAAAAAGGAAUAGAAUAAGAUGCAGAAAACUUAGGUUUCAAGUGAGCAGACAAAUAUAUUUUUAGCCUCUAGGGGUCUAGGGAAUCUGCAUACAUCUCAUCAAUUUCUCUUUCUUUCUUUGUGAAAUCUUAAUUUGCAUGGUGCACUUUUUUCUCCUCCUAUUUCCUGGGACUGACAGCUGCAUCCUAAAGUCAAAAGAUGGACUUGAGUAUUGACUAUGUCUGGUCUUAGCGGUGUGUCUUGGGGCAAGUCACUGAAUCUCUUUUAAGUUUGGUUUUCUCAUGUGCUAAACUAAUUACCUUAGAGAAGUGUUAUGAGAGAGAAUUUUACAAACUUUAAAGUAUUAUAUGUGUAACAUAGUUUGAUUAUGUUUACAAUUAUUCUUCUUAUGGUAACAUAAUGGAAUGGUGUAAUUUUAUUUUCUUAUACAAUCCUCUUUAUGCACUGGCUCUUCAAUGGUCUUCUACUUAUUUAGUCAGUAGUCAGCCAAUAAACAUUUAUUAACUACAUUCUAUGUGCCAGGCACUGUGCUAAGUGCUGAGGAUAAAAAUAAAAAAGAAAGAGAAUUGUUGCCCUUAAGGAUCAUGUAAUCUAAUGGGAGAGAACAGCACACACAAGAAAGCUAAAAGGUGGGGAGAGGGGAGGGCUGAGACAUGAGAGUAUGGUGGAAAAGUCUGAGAAAUUUAAUUGGAAAUACAACAUAAACAAGUCUGUUACAUCUUAGGCACAAUAAAGUCUUGACAUUCACUUGUUUUUGUUUUUUUAACUGUGCUCCAUUCUAAUUUUGUCUGACCCUUGUCUCAUUUCCUGAUCCUUAUUCUUUUUCAGUCUCUGCAGAAGAUCUCAAGCUGACUAUGAUUAAAAGCAAUUUCACUGUCUUCCAUCCUACGGUAUUUGUCCUACUUGGUAUCCCAGGGCUUGAGAGCUACCACAUCUGGCUUUCUAUUCCCUUCUGCCUUAUGUACAUGACUGCGGUGUUGGGUAAUGGUGUUCUCAUACUUGUUGUGCUUGUUGAGCGCAGCCUCCAUGAGCCCAUGUACAUCUUUCUUUCCAUGUUGGCUGGCACUGAUAUACUACUGUCUACGACUACUGUGCCCAAGGCCCUGGCCAUCUUCUGGUUCCGUGCUGGGGAGAUUGCUUUUGAUGCCUGCAUUACCCAGAUGUUUUUUAUACAUGUUGCUUUUGUGGCUGAAUCUGGGAUCCUGCUGGCCAUGGCAUUUGACCGAUAUGUGGCCAUUUGUACUCCCUUACGAUAUACAACAAUCUUAACACCUGCAGUGAUUGGGAAAAUUUCCCUGGCUAUUUGGGGGAGGAGCAUUGGGACAAUAUUUCCCAUCAUUUUCCUGCUUAAGAGGCUGCCAUAUUGCAGGACCAACAUCAUCCCUCACUCAUACUGUGAGCACAUUGGUGUGGCCAGACUGGCUUGUGCUGACAUUACUAUCAAUAUCUGGUAUGGUUUCUCAGUCCCAAUGGCAUCAGUAUUAGUUGAUGUUGCACUUAUUGGCAUAUCUUACACCCUGAUCCUUCGUGCUGUCUUCAGAUUGCCCUCCCAAGAUGCCAGGCACAAAGCACUCAACACGUGUGGCUCCCAUAUUGGGGUCAUUCUACUUUUCUUCAUUCCAUCAUUUUUUACCUUCUUGACUCACCGCUUUGGCAAGAACAUCCCCCACCAUGUCCAUAUUCUCCUCGCCAAUCUCUAUGUUCUUAUCCCUCCCAUGCUCAAUCCUAUCAUCUAUGGGGCAAAGACCAAGCAGAUUAGGGACAGUAUGUCUCGCAUGUUCUCUAUCAUGACCAAAGGGUAAGGAGCGCAUGGUCUGGAUAAACGCUUGGUGGUCUUUUGUAGAAGAUUUUAUGAAGGAAGUAGAGGUUUGGUGGGAUAGCCAAGAAAUAGUUUUUGCCCUCGAGAGAUGUUUUAAAAAUAUAAAGAGUCAGGAGACAAAGUCCAAUGUAGUUCUUGUCAGAUUAAGGAUUUAUCCCUAUAAAUUUCAUAUCCCAAAUCAUCAUUGUCACUGCCUGUACUCUACUAUCACCAUCAAUCCCUAAAGCAUUAUGCAACCAUCAUCAUGCAGUGUUACCAUUAUCUUUGUCUUCAAAAGAAUAAUCUGAUUUCUCUGUUUGGUAAUGUUCAUAGAGAAUGACGAAUAAAUCAUUCCUUCCCUUGGCCCUUGGGGAACUUUUGAAAUAAGCAAAAACAAAGAUGAACUUUGGAGGAUCUAAAUAAAAUAAAAUGAAAAACAAUUAGCAAACACACUUGUGGGCAGCUAGGUUGAUAGUGGAUAGAGUGCCAGGCAUGAAGUCAGGAAGACACCCUAAAUUAAAUAUGGCCUCAUAAACUUACUAGCUGGUUGACCCUGGGCAAGUUGCUUAACCCUAUUUACCUCAGUUUCCUCAUGUGUAAAAUGAGCUGGAGAAGGAAAGAGUAUACUAUUAUAGUAUCUUUGCCAAGAAAAUCCCAAAUGAGGUCUGUGGCAGUCCAGCCCAUAGGUAUUAUAAAGAGACAAGGUUUGUGAAUGGGCACAUGGCCAUUCUGCGCAUGGCAAUGAACUCGGUUCCCAGGGUGGCUGAAUUUAGGGCAUGAAACCCUGCUUCCUUUUGUUUCACUCACCUGAGGAUAAAAAUCCCACCUUCACCUUGUUGUAAUUUGCAAUUAUCCAAUGGCAAUACACUAUGUAACUCAUCUAUAUGUAUUGAGGCAUUAUGUAACUUAUCAAUAUGUAUUGAGUUCAUUUGCGUAUCAAAGAGAAUAAAUUGGGAAGCCAGCUCCUCCUCUUCUUCUCCCUCUCCUUCAGCUUCUCCUUCUUGGACCAGCUACAGGUUUGCUAUCUCCACCUUUCUCUCUCCUCUCUAUCUUUACCUGAGGCCUAGCCUUUGGCCAGGUGUCUCUCUCUUUCUUUUCCAAUGCUAAUACCUAGCAUUCUCUAAUUCUAUUAGUCUCUAUUCAUUCUCCCAGCUGAGCUAUAUCAUCCUUGACCAGUGUAGUGUUAACCAGGAUCUCUGGGCGGAAAAUAGCCUUUCAGUGACAUCCAUUGAUCGGAGCAUGGCUGCGGCUCCCAAAUAUUAAUAAUAUUUGAUUACUGACUUAUUAUUGACAUCUCAAAAGCUUGGCUCCUUCACGCCCUUCACGGGAUCCAAAACUUCUAUCCCUUUUCAAUUUUCCUACCAUAAAGCUUCUCGAUGACAGGAGGCUUUAUUCUGGCAUCUUGAAUUUCUGCCUCCCCACCCCCUCCACCCCCAAUAAUGCAAAGACCACAAUUCUAUAGAUCCCCCCCUCCCACUUCAACUGUGAUAUAACUAUUUACAAAACCAAACAGUACAUUUUAUGCUAAUAAUUCCCUAUUUACAGAAGAAAAAAGGCUAGUGUUCUAAAAGCCCCAUCACACGCAGACCUGGAGUCAUCAGCCCUACAGAGCCCUACAGAAAUGACAUUUGGUCAAGCAACCUCUUCUGCUUUCUU